UUUUGACUCUUGAGAGUUUGACCCCAAUUCAAGAAUCAGGAGGAAAUCUAACAGAAAAUAAAAUCAUUCUAUUAUCGAUCAUAUGUAAACUCCAGAACUCGUUUAUUGAAAGCCAAACAAUUCUUCCACGAAGAACAAGAAAUGAAACAAAUAUCAAGUAAUAUACAGAGCUCCCUUCCCCUCGACAUUGCCCUGAAAAUCGCUUCCACUCUUGAGGUAUUGGAUGUGUGUGCAUUGGGUGGUUGCUCUCGAUUUUGGAGGGAGAUAUGCGGGUCGGAUUGCGUAUGGGAAUCUCUUACCAGGGAGAGAUGGCCUUUACUUACUUUUCCCAACAAGUCUUCUUCUUCUUCGGAUCCUGUUACCAAGGGAUGGAGGGAGAUUUACAUAAAGAUGCACAGAGAGACGGCAGGUAAAGCUACCACUGUGGUUGAGUUUGUGGAGAAUUGUUCUUCGUCUGAGUUGCUCGAGGUUGGGGAUUAUUAUAAAGCAAUUGAAGAUUUAUGCUCGAUGCAGCUUGCAUUUAGAGAUGUUCAAAUGUUUCUUUUCAAACCAACGCUGAAUGUGCUACUUAACUUGGUUGGCUUGCACUACUGCAUUUUCUGCCUUCAAGUGCCGCUUUCACCCAGCUUGAACAUGGUUUUGAUCAAGUUGAUUCAUCAGGUUAGGCAUGUCAUGGAUGCACUCCUGAGUUGCAAAAUCUCAGAACGACAAGUUUGUGUGAAAUGGUGGAAGCUAGGCAGAUGGUUUUAUGGCUUCCGCAUGAGAGAUGAAUCUCAUUCUCGUAUGGUAUCUUUGGCAGAUCUUCUAACAAACAAGGGGGAGGAGGUUUUGGGUGUCCUUCGCCGUGGUGCCAUUCAUGAGGUGUUACAUGUUGAGAUCUGCAUUUCAAAUGUGGCAUCUACCCCAUGGUCGAGCUCACAGCAACAAGAUUAGGAAUGGUGCAAUAAUGGGCUUAUGUAUAUAAUGCUUAUUCUCUCUUAUGUUUUAUCUUGCAAUUGCCAAAGAAGGAGGUGCUUUUCCAAGGUGGCAUUUCCCAGCCAUCAUGCAUUUAGAUUUUCUGUUGCUAAUUCCGCAUGUAAUCUCUGACAUUGCAAAAUGAUGUAAAGAAAAGGCUGCUGAAUGCCACCGAGAUUAUAGCGUGUUCAUAAUUUUUAUUGUCUGGGUCCAAAUGAUCGGUGAUAUUUAUCUAAGUUGACAUGUUUGUUUUC